AUGACGUCGUAUACGAUGCUCAAUGUUAAAAUGCAACGGGAUUCGAAUAGUACACCUUGGGGAUUUCGGAUGCAAGGCGGAAAGGAUUUUGGUUGUCCAUUACAAAUUCAAAAAGUAAAUCCAAGUAGUUUAGCUGAACGGUGUGGCAUGCAAGCUAAUGAUUAUAUUGUUAAAAUUGGUCAAACAUCAACUGAACAUCUGAAACAUCCAGAUGCUCAAGAAACAAUCAAACAACAAAAUAAUACACUUGAAUUAACAUUACAACGAGGUGCACCGCCUGAUACCAAUGAUUAUAAUAGUCGUGCGGAUUUUCCACCUCAUCAAUUGAUGCAAUCGACACAAAAUAAUUUUUCAUCCCCAUCUCAAAAUCGACCAUUACCACCACAACCUGCUGCUCCACAGGUUGCUAUGCCAGUAUCGAACAAUCGAGCGUUAUUAAGUCAAGCACAUAAUACACCGAUUGGUCUCUAUUCAGCGGAAAAUGUUACGGACACACUUGAACGUACUCUUAAAAGUUCCCCUCCUUCUUCGCAUUCUAACAAUAAUCGUAAUGAUCAAAAAACGCCUGCCGUACUCAGAACUAGUGAUAUCGAAGAACUUCAACAAAAAUAUUUAACUAUGGAUGUGCAAACAAAUAACAAAAGUCAAAGCCGACAAGGACCUGCAUUUCGAGCUCUUGUCAAAGGACUUGAUGAGUCAAAUGAAUCAACUGAUCUCGUACCUUCAACACGGAAUAGUUCAAAUAAUAAACAGGUCAAUACAUCAGCAAUCAAAGGCUUUCGAUAUACACCUACUGAUAUGAAUAUCACACCUGACUAUCAAAUUGAAGAACCAAAAAAUUACAAUGAAUUUAAAGCAACAGCAUCUCGAUCGAUGCCAAAACCACCGCCUGCAUCAGCAUCCCAUGAUUUCUCCCAACGCCAACCACGUCCAGCUCCAUAUAUAGCAUCGCCACCAUCAUUAUCUCCAGCUCCACCUGUACCUACACAACCAAAACCGAAUGCUACUAAUAAACCUUCAUUUAAUGUUAAUAUUCAAGGGACACCUCGUUCAGGAAAUCGUGUAAUUAUGAAAGGUAGUAAAGGUAGUGCAUCUUUGACUCGUAACGACAAUAGCAAUCAGCCAGCUGUAUGUCAUUCAUGUGGAAUAAGCAUAAGAGGUCCAUAUAUUUCUGCUAUUGGCCGUUGUUAUUGUGUAGACCAUUUCACAUGUUCAAAGUGUAAAGCUAAUUUGGUUGAUUGUGGUUUUGUUGAAGAGAAUGGCAAAUUAUAUUGUGAAAAUGAUUUUGAACAAUAUCUUGCACCGCGCUGUGCUAAAUGCUCACAAUCAAUAUUGAAAGAAUGUGUUCAUGCACUUGAAAAAACAUGGCAUCCAGAAUGCUUUACAUGUUCGGCAUGCAAAAAAUCGAUUGGUACUGGAUCAUUUCAUGUUGAAGAAGGCGAACCGUAUUGUAUCGAAGAUUACCGCCGAAUGUUUCAAGCUAAAUGUACUAGUUGCGAUUUUCCUAUUGAACCUGGUGACAAAUAUCUUGAAGCUUUGGGUGGCACAUAUCAUGUCGAAUGCUUUAAUUGUUCUAUGUGUCAAGUAAGUUUAAAUGGCCAACCGUUUCUUGUCAAAAACAAUCGGCCUUAUUGUCGUUUGCAUGGUCGUUAA